AUGUCGCCUCCAGAAACACCCCCCACAAUAGCCGAUCAGAUCGGCAGCUUCCAGCUCUCCUCUCUCGAUCCUGCUGGUGCAGCUUUCACCCCUCUUCUCUACAGAUUGCGUGAAGAGACAUUUCCUGGACGGACAACUCAAAUCAGACAUGGCUCUUAUCUGAGACGCUUCACCAAGGGGCCACCUCUCGACCUUGACUUGGCAACUAGUGACAAGUCUAACGCCAAUCUCGAGAGUGUUAUGGGCGAGUUUGGAUGGACUGGCUGCGUUGUUGUUCGGAAUGGCGUGAUUAGGCUUGAGGAGUACCGACAUGGAAACUCGCCCGGGUCUCGCAAUGACAUACAGUCUGUCACCAAGUCUUUCAUGACGACUAUUCUCGGUAUCGCUCAGCAGCAAGGCAAGCUGUCUGUCAAUGAUACCGUCGGACACCAUAUAAACGAGCUGAAGGACACUGCUUGGAAGGAUGUGCCCUUGCUAGCUCUCGCCAACAUGUCCGCUGGCGUUGUGGAAAUCUCUGAGGAAGCACGGCCGCCAGAUGUUCCUAACCCAAUGUAUGCGACCGAUCUCUAUCCUCAGCGCGACACCCACGCCGUGCUCAACUGGCUGCGGACGUUCAGAAAGGUGGCUGAGCCGUGGGAAGAGUUUCAUUACUACAAUCCCAACUUCUACGUCCUUUCAAUUGCAAUUUCCCGAGCAACCCAAGUUCCGUUGGAGGAAUACAUUUCUAGCCAGAUCUGGGAACCCGCAGGAAUGCAAUACGAUGCGUACAUGCGAACAACUGGGGCUGGACAGAUUGAUGGACACGGAGGCCUGUCAGUGACCCUGACCGACAUGGCUCGCUUUGGGUUCUUCAUCCUUGACGCCCUCAAGGGAAAAGGCAAGGGCCCUGCCCUACCAGCAGGUUGGUUUCAGGGCAUUUCCGAAGCCAAGACUAGUGAAGGACCAAGAGCUCCUGGCGGAAACGACAUUAUUCCGACAUUUGGGUACGAAACGGGCUGGUGGACGCCUGCCAAGGGUGUCAAAGGGGGUCCGCUGAGGGAGAAUGGAGCGUUUGCUGGGUUUGGAAUGUAUGGCCAAUCCCUCUAUGUCAUCCCCAAGUUGGACACUGUCAUUGCGGUUCAGUCAGGAUAUCCCGAGCAUUCAUGGGAGAUAUUUGCUGGGAACAUUGACUUUGCUACUGCUGUCGUCAAGGCGUUGCAGAAAGAGGAUAAACAAACAUGA